CUAGAUUCCAACACCCAUCUCCUAAACCAUCACCAGACAUCAAUGGCGGAUUCCGACCCUAAGUCCGUCAUUUCAGACACCAAAGGGAUCACCAAGAAAGGAGGAUGGACCGCUGCCCUUUUUAUAACCGCGGUUGAGGUCGCAGACAGCUUCGCGUUUUACGGUCUAGCGAGCAAUCUAAUGAUGUUUUUGACGAACGAGCUAGGCCAGUCCACGGCCACGGCCGCCAAAAACAUCAACACGUGGAUAGGCGUCUCCUGUAUUUUCCCGAUCGUCGGAGCCUUUCUCGCCGACUCUGUCCUCGGCCGCUUCAAGACCGUUCUCUUAUCCUCCAUCGUCUACCUCUUGGGGAUGGCAAUGUUGCCGAUAUCGGUAUCCGUGGUGCCACGGCGGCUGAGGGACGAGAUGUUCUUCAUGGCGCUGUACGUACUGGCGGUCGGACAAGGAGGGCACAAGCCCUGUAUCAUGACGUUCGCCGCCGAUCAGUUCGGGGAGGAAAACGCCGACCAGAAGAUGGAGAAGUAUUCAUUCUUUAACUGGUUUUACUUAGCCAUCGUCGCCGGCUCCUCCAUCGCCGUCCUUGGCCUUGUCUUCAUUCAGGAUCGGGUGAGUUGGGCCGCCGGGUUCGGAGUUGUUGCCGGCACCGUUGCCGUAGCCCUAAUUCUGUUUCUGAUCGGAAUCCCUAAGUACAGGAAACAACUUCCGGUCGGAAGUCCCUUCACCAGGGUGGCUCAGGUCUUCGUCGCCGCCUUUAAGAAGUGGCGCGUGAGUACCACGCCCCACCGUUACAGCGUUUGCUCUGAGGACUCGGAGGAUGGCUCGACGAGUCAAACAAAAACGAGUGGGAGUAAACAAUAUCUCGCACGUACAAAUCAAUUCAGAUUUCUGGAUAAGGCAACAAUCAUUGACGAAGUGGACGCUUCGGACAAAACUCGGAACCCCUGGAGAUUGUGUUCGACAAACCAAGUGGAGGAAGUGAAGUUGGUGCUGAGGCUCGUGCCGAUAUGGUUAAGUCUCAUAAUGUACUGCGCGACCAUCGCUCAGCUCAACACGUUCUUCAACAAGCAAGGGAGCACGAUGAACCGUACCAUCGGGAAAAGCUUCACGAUCCCUCCGGCAGCGUUUACGAGCGUUGUCGGGGUCACGAUCCUCGUUUUCGUCCCUCUCUACGACCGAGUCCUCGUUCCGGCCGCUAGGAAGAUCACCAAGCAUCAUUCUGGAAUCACCGUUCUCCAAAGGGUCGGCAUCGGCUUGUUCAUCGCAACUCUCAACAUGGUGAUAUGUGCACUUGUGGAGGCAAGGAGGCUUAAGGUCGCGAAGGAUCACGGGCUAAUCGACGAUCCAAAGGCAAUCGUUCCCAUGAGCAGUUUAUGGUUACUCCCUCAGUACAUACUCACCGGGAUCGGAGACACGUUCACGAUCGUGGGCAUGAACAUUCUCUUCUACGACCAAAUGCCGGAGAUCAUGAGAAGUAUAGGGGCCGCCUGCUUCAUAAGCGUCGUAGGGGUCGGGAGUUUCGUCAGCAACGUGAUCAUUUCGUCCGUCCAGUCGAUCAGCAAACGCCGCGGAGAGCAAUGGCUCGGGAACAACCUCAACCGAGCUCAUCUCGAUUACUUCUAUUGGGUGAUCGCCUCCCUUAACGCUCUCAGCUUCUUCGUCUAUCUCGUGGUAGCUAAGCGUUUCGUCUACAAGAAACUUCGUGGUGAAGACGAGGAAGAAGAAGGCCACGGCUCGAGUUCUGAUCCUAAUUACGCAUCCGCAGCCUAAAACAAAGGUUCGGAAGGGUUUUCAGAUCAUCGAUCCAUAUGUUUUUGUUGUUUUCUUUUGGUAUUUUGAUGUCUUAAUCUUUAAGUGUUCAUGUAACGUCUAGACUCCGUUUCAUACAUGUUUUUACUUUGUAUUUAUGUGGACCGUAUAUUCAGUUCCUCAAAAUAAAAAUGUUUACUAUAUGUUAUUGUAUGAUUA